UCCAAUAACUGUGCUAUAGAUUCAAAUUCCUUCAGAGAUUGCUGUGCUAAACGCCAAAAACAGAUUGAACCUAUGGAUUAAGAACAUAAUUAUACUUAAAUAAUCAAUGCAUUGUAAUGAACAAAUGAAUAUUUAUUAUAAUAAAUAUCUACGGAAACCACAACGCCUCAAACUAUUUAUGAUAAUAAUCAAGCUUUUCACCUGAUCUCUCCUAGCCUCUAGAAUACAGGAUCGAGGAUUACAUGAAAAAAAAAAAUGAAAAAAUAUUCAAAACAAUGGGUCAAUUCAAAAUAAUUGACCACAAUCAUACAUUGUUGUUUUAAGAAAAUGCUGGCCUGGGGGUCUAUUCGAUAGAUGUGGCUCCUCCUCAACGACACAAGGACUGACUACUUGUCUGGGAAGCUUGUAUAGACCGGUAUCGACGUUGUACGCCACAAUUAAUGUUGAAAAAAGCUUCUGAGCUUCCGGGUUAUGCACCCAUACAACUAUGCUAUAUCAACAUCUGACCUUCCGUAGCGUUCAACAUUCAACUUGAACUCUUCAUAACCUCCAAAAAUCAACUCAUACAAUGACCUCUUACCUUAACGGUUUUUGGCAGCCGCACUUUUCUCCCCCAAAAAUAAAUUGAGCAAAACUUUUCUACAUUUCCGCAACACAGUAACAACCACUCCCUAUACCUCUUUGCGCCCAAUAAACACCUUCAAUAGGUCAGCGCCGCGGGAGGUUAUCAUCCAACGACGCAUAAGCCACUGGCACACUAAACCUUCCAAAGCACACCAUGCGACGGAGCAGUUCCCAAGCGGGAGUAGAAUUUUUCGCAAAAGAAAACACUUCCGACCUGCUUUAUGCAUAGUUCCGCGUUGCUGAUAGCUGUAGAGCGCGCGGUACCUUUCCCGCUGGAAACACGGCAGGGCGUCUCGUCGUCGGCGUUCCAGCAAUCGCAACUAUGCGACCGCUUGGAAUGACAACAACGCGCCACCAACGCGGUAUAAAUACGCGAACGCGAUCGUUACCUUUUACGCGCUGCACCUUUACUGCCGAAAGUGCUUUACUACAUCUUACUAGCAUGAAGGGACUGGCUGUCUUGCCACUGCUGUGUGUCGUUUCGUUCGGUGUGCGCACGGUGUGUUCGAAGUUGCUGUACAAAAAUGUAGAAACGUUCGAUUUUGGGAACGAGCUGGAGAAUCGUGACGGCGAACAGGGAAAGUCACGUGCAAAUCGUACCCAGGAACGCAUCAAUCUAACUGUACCAGGAACUAAAUGGUGUGGACCGGGUAAUACGGCCAGCGAUUAUGAGGAUCUUGGAUCGAACUCGGAAGUGGACAAGUGCUGCCGCGAUCACGAUCAUUGCGAUAACAUACCGGCUGGAGAAUCGAAAUAUGGACUAAAGAACAACGAUUACUUCACAAGAUUGCACUGCAAGUGUGAUCGCGACUUCCAGAACUGUCUGCGACGUGUCAAUACGACCUUCUCCAAUAAGCUGGGCAACUUUUACUUCACCGUGCGUGAUCAGUGCUACAAAAAGCAACACCCAAUAGUGGACUGUGCCGAGCAUACGAACAAAAUUUUCCUUCGACGCUGCGUGCGGUACGUGCUGGACACCUCGCGCAGUGAUAUGUGGCAAUGGUUCGAUCUUCCGUUCUACGAUGACAACGUGCUGGAUGGGUUUUAAAGAAUGG